UGGGCCGGGCACGCGCGGGGCUACUACGUGGACUGGAGGAUGCUGCGCGACGUCAAGAGGCGCAGGCUGGCUUAUGAGUACGCGGACGAGAGGCUGCGGAUCAACGCGCUCCGAAAAAACAACAUCCUGCCCAAAGAGCUGCAGGAAAUAGCAGAUAAAGAGAUUGCUGCUCUGCCACGUGACAGCUGCCCUGUGAGGAUCCGGAACAGAUGCGUGCUGACAUCCCGUCCCCGAGGUGUGAAGCGGCGCUGGAGGCUUAGUCGAAUUGUUUUUCGCCAUCUGGCUGACCACAGUCAGAUGUCCGGGAUACAGAGAGCUAUGUGGUAAAAUCACACCCAGGACUUGUUUGCUUAGCCAAGGAGAGGCAGAUGGGGCCAGCUCUUGCAUUCCUGACAAAUCAAGACUAUCCUUUGUUUAAAAUCAGCAUAAAUGUACCAGAACAAGUAGGGGAAGGGAGUAAAGAGGAGUCAUUUCAGUUGCCGGGAUACCACUGAGAGGGACUGCUACACAUUGAAUGGCAAAGAAAGGGGUAGAGAAGAGUAGGAAUGUACCAAGCCAGGCUGUGCAAGAGACAGUUUUAUUUUGACAUGAAGAGUAACUACUCUGUUAGGCUGAGCUGCAAUUUGUAAUGUAAAGCAACAUCUAAUUAAAAACAAGUUACAGUACAAGA